AUGGAUCGAAUUCUACGGCUGAGCGCUGAUGGACUGGCUGCUUUGGGGCAACCUAGUGCACAGCCCACCGAUGGUCCUGUUCCCGAUACUGCCGAACAGGUUUACAUUAGUAGCCUGGCUCUACUGAAAAUGUUGAAGCACGGGAGAGCAGGUGUUCCUAUGGAGGUGAUGGGUCUUAUGCUUGGUGAGUUCGUGGAUGAUUACACAGUCACUGUUGUGGACGUCUUCGCCAUGCCGCAGUCUGGAACUGGGGUCAGCGUGGAAGCAGUUGACCCUGUAUUUCAAGCAAAGAUGCUGGAUAUGCUGAAACAGACAGGACGACCCGAGAUGGUUGUUGGUUGGUAUCAUUCGCAUCCAGGCUUCGGCUGUUGGCUCUCGGGAGUUGAUAUGAAUACGCAACAGAGCUUCGAAGCCCUUUCUGAUCGAGCCGUGGCUGUUGUGGUCGAUCCUAUCCAAAGUGUCAAGGGGAAGGUCGUUAUUGAUGCUUUCCGACUUAUUAACCCUAACUUUCUUAUCGCUAAUCAGGAGCCCAGACAGACAACCUCAAACGUUGGGCAUCUAAAUAAACCGUCCAUCCAGGCUCUGAUUCAUGGGCUUAAUCGUCAGUACUACUCGUUGCCCAUUAACUAUCGCAAAAAUCAAUGGGAAACUAAAAUGUUAAUGGAUCUAAAUAAAAACACGUGGAAGGAUGGGUUGGCUUUAGAAGAUUAUGAGUUGCAUUCAAAGAAUAACCAUAAAAAUCUCACCGGCAUGCUUGAUUUAAUCAAGGCGUACCAUAAGUCACUUGAGGAAGAGGAGAAAAUGACCGCUGAGCAGCUGAUAGUGAAGAAUGUUGGCAGAAUGGAUCCCAAGCGACAUCUUGGGGAAAAUGUGGAGGGUUUAAUGACGUCAAACAUUGCUCAAUGUGUUGGAACUAUGCUUCAUUCAAGGUCGUCUUGUGUUCUCCCACCUGUGUGCGUACAUUUUGCGCAUCUCCGAUUAUCUUUUAGCUUUGAUAUGAGCAAUGACGAGCUAACGGAGGAGCAACGUUUGCUGAUAGAGGCCAAACGGAAAAAAGCUCUUGAAUCUCGUAAUCAUGGACAAGUAGCGGUUGGCUUUCGCCAGACAAUUUCGAAGCAACUUCCCGUUAUGCCACUAAAAGAAUCGAACCGCACGUCCUCUAGCAUUCUCUUUAGAAGCACCUCGACACCAUGCGCUACCCCAAAAUUGGGGCCUCGUCCACCACCGCCAAACGUGAGCGUGCCUAAAUCUGCAUCCAAUCCUCCGAUCACUUCUUUCAAUGGAAGACCAAAUGCAAAGAAGCCAAACGCAACUGCAUUUAAAAAUACCACUCCGGGGUUCACCGUAACCUCUGUACCGGUUACUUGUACACUUUCCUCACGCACAACUUUCGACGUGCAUGCCCCAUAUCAUCCUGGUCUUUCUCAAGUGUAUAAAAGUUUGCCCACACGACAGUACAAUUCGUCUAUCAGGAAUUGGUCUUUCGGGCUAUCGGAUUACAAUGAGUUUGUGCGCCAGUUAAAGAGCAUACCCGAAAUUGUGUUGGACGGUCUCCCUUUCGCAGUGUUGAAGACUUUUAAAUCCGCUUUUUCAUCUUGCACACCAGCCGUAUGCCCUACUCCGUCUCAUAAUGUCAAUCUGGUCGACCACAUCUCACAAGAUCUAGUCAAUUCCCUAUUACCUUUUCAACGUGAAGGUGUUAGCUUGGCUCUAGCCAAAUCUGGACGCGUUUUGCUGGCCGAUGAUAUGGGCCUUGGGAAGACGGUUCAGAGCUUGGCGCUCGCUGCGGCCUAUCGUUCUGACUGGCCUGUUCUCAUUGUGGCCCCCUCCUCUGUUCGGUUCGCUUGGCGCGAUCAGUGCCUGCGUUGGUUGGGCGUCCCCCUAUGUCUCAGCUCUGCUGAUAUUUUGGUCGUUACGACUGGCAGUGAUUUGGCAAACAUUCAGUACUUGACGAAACUGAUCACAAUCAUCAGCUAUGAUUUAAUGUCUCGACAUGUGGAACAGUUGAGUUGCUGCAGGUUCGGUGUUGUUAUUAUGGAUGAAUCCCAUUUACUGAAAAAUAACAAGGCAGCUCGUACGAAGGCAGCCCUUCCACUCCUGAAAGCAGCCAAACGCGCACUUCUACUGAGCGGCACUCCCGCUGUCUCCCGUCCGGCAGAGCUGUAUCCGCAAAUUUCCGCCAUUGCACCAAACUUGUUCCGUGGUGGUUUCCACGAAUACGGUCUGCGUUACUGCGCUGCGAAGGAAUGUCCCUGGGGAUGGGACUACACCGGUUGCUCGAAUAUGACGGAGCUGCAGCUAAUUUUGGAGGAAUCUAUAAUGAUACGACGAAUGAAAUCCGACGUACUUGAUCAACUACCUCCAAAGCGACGGGAACUGGUUGUUCUCGAUCCGAGCCUUAUCAAAGCUGGUCGCCUAAAACGACAUGCCAAGAUGAUGGCAUCCACUACCGUGACUGAUGAAGCAAAACGUGCAGCGAUGCUGCAAUACUUCCACGAGACUGCUUCGGUCAAGCUCCCAGCUCUUCAGCAAUACUUGUCCGAUCUUAUCGAAACAGGCCGAAAAGUCAUCUUGUACGCCCACCAUACUGAGGUGCUUGACGCACUCAGCAGCUUGUUAAUGGAAAAGUCGGUGGAUUUCAUUCGGAUCGAUGGCAGAACCAAUUCGGAACAGCGCUCCGUCGUGUGUAAAAAAUUCCAACGCGAACCAACCUGUAUGAUGGCUUUGCUUUCGAUCACAGCUGCUGGUACAGGUCUCAAUUUGACAGCCGCAAGCCUUGUUGUGUUUGCCGAAUUGUUUUGGAAUCCGGGCGCCCUCGUUCAAGCCGAAGACAGAGCGUAUCGCAUCGGACAACAGGAUUCGGUUCUGGUUCGCUACCUACUCGCCGAAGGGACAGCAGACGAUUAUCUUUGGUCCUUGAUUGAGAAGAAAUUGGAUGUCCUCGGUCGAGCCGGCCUCAAUCGCGAAUCUUUUCGGACGGCCGACACCACUCGAUUGGGGAAUAACCCAAUAGCCAUUCAGCCUUCCAUUCUGAACUACUUCGAGAGUGAAUUGCUUGCUGACGACAACGGCGAUGCUAUAAUUGCCGGGAUCGAGGAGCCAUCUGUAACUGACUCCUCUCCAGUUUUUGAACUGGAGCCCAAACGGAGUAAGAUCGAUGUUCCACGCAAACAGACCAAAGUCACCAACUUGUUUGAACAGCCUAGUGGGGAGCCUACACCCGCCCCGGAUAUUUUCCAAUGCUCCGGUCGUGUAUUGGUCUCUGAUACUCCGGAAGCUAGUCCAGAAAAAAGUGCUCCUACUACGGGUUUUCUUCAAGAUAAAGAAUUGGAUUCACACACAUCAUUACUAUUGGACAGUUUGCGGGAUGAAAGCACACUGACUAUGAAUGAUGAUGAGACUGUUCUGCUGGAAGCUGCAGUUGCGGCGGAAGUUGCGUGGCUCACCGAAGGGAUUGCUUCGGAGACUGGUACCGACGAGUUUGGCUGAUCACUAGUUCAGACGAGUCGCAUCGAACUCCUGCCUAACCUGAUCAGUAUUUUGAGCGGGCGUCUGUAAAUUUUCCUUUGCAUUGUACAUAUUCUUCCCUCCGUUUAAUUUCUUCUCGCUGCCUCCCGUUCCCUAACUCCUGGUACCGCAACUUUUCAGCGUAUCAACUGUUUUCGCCACAAUUGCACUGACCAGCAUUCUGUUUGUUCGCUUCCUUAUCCGGUGAAUGCCCAAUUCCCUUUGCUAGUCUGUUGCCUGUUUCCGGCUACGGUGGUUUGCGGUUAUUCAAUUCCCUCUUUACUAAUUCAAAGUACACUGUUUUGUCCCCACAGAGAUCACAUGAUCUUCACACAGACGAGUACUUUUUCUGCUUUAAGUAUAAUUCUCAGAACGCGUUCAAUUGUUCUAUGAAACUGCUGGUCAGUUUGCUGUGUCCAUGCUCUGUUACUAGACACUUCGGUCCAUUGCACCUCGAUUAGCCCCUUGCUUGCGCUUUGUCACCAUGGGUACGUAGAUGGACUCCCAGUCUUUCCGCUCUCUCUGAUACCGCUUACCAUACAUCUCACUGAUUAUUGGGAAUUCGCUUAAAAAUUCACGCCCUAUUGUUCAUCACUCGAGUGUAUCAUUUGAACAGUUUUGUUUUGUCCUGUUUUAAGGUCACGCUGCCUUAAUUUCUUUGGUCUCCAAGCUUGGGUGUAACGUUGACUUUUCCGCCAUUUUCCUCGUCACCUCAGUUGACAGUGUCACAUUCGACUAGGUGUCCAAAAUUCCGCAUCUUUUCACCUUCCCCCUCAGUUUCUCCGAAAUGGUUGUAAUUUUACGUGGCUAAUCUUGUUGCACAACGUAACCACUGUCGCAUACCCACCUCGCUUUGCACCCGGUUCACUCACGGCCAAUAUUUGCUGUUCUGUAUUCACUUUGGAGCGCACAGAAAUAUGUGACAGGUCGGAAAUAUGCCAUACUACCUUAUAAUCGGAUCUCAUCUGUGUCUCAAAACCGGUGCCGAACUUCUUUACUGCAAGUGUUAGUUUCCAACCUGUUCGAAUCUAGCCUUGAAGGGUAACAAACGAUCCCUUUAUUACGUGGGUAUAUAGAAUUGUCCAAC